UGGCUCAGGCCCAGCGGGUAGUCGCGCCCCACGAGUAGGAAGCGCUUGUACAGGUCCCGCACCUUCGGAUCCAUCAUAUUUCCCAGGGUGAAUAAAUAAGGGUGUGAUUAUCAACCAAUCACAAGGCGUCAUUCCCAACCACUCGUUAAUAGGAGUGUAAGAAGCAUGAGCUCCGUUAGCUCUGUGCCUGAUGCCGCCACGGCGCUGCUGACGGUAAAGAUUGGAGAUGUUUCGCGCACGUCCCGCAAGCACUUGACGAUCACAACCUUCGGCUUCCUGCUGUCCGAGGGUCUGGACGUGUUCCGUGCCAAGGUGGACACAUGCACGGACAAAGCGCUGGAAAACGUCCGAGGCGAGCGCUACGUACGCGAGGACCGAGCGCUCUACAUGCGUCCAGGGGCACACUCCAAACAAGCGGAAUUGGUGGAGAUCACGCCCAGUAACUUCGAAAAUCGUGUGGCCAGAAGCUACAGGAACUACCUCAAGCGCAAGGCGGAGGAUACGUUUCAGUGCGAGGUCUACGUGUACGUCAAGAAGGUCGAACCGCCGAGGCGUCGACGACUGAAGGAGGAGUCUGAGAGCACUCCAGCGACCGCGUUGCAUGCGGAAAGUCAACGAGAGGAGACGGGCGUUGAGCUGGCUGGAACAUUAAAGCGGAAGCGCUCGAUGGGCUCCGAAGAGGAUAAUUCCCUGCAGAGUCAGCAACACCAGACUGUGCAAGCACAACAGAUUGAUCCUGCAUACUACCGCCCAGUGAGGAUGGUGGUCAAUGGAGCUAUAGUCCCCGUGCAAGUCAACGUGCAGGACUUACUCGCGUGCUUUGCGGCCUUCCAGCAACAUACACCGGUCGGAUCCACCAGUACAGAAACCCAAGAGAGUGACGUGACAGGUGCGGGGACAAACGGCUUUCACGGAUAAACGCGGGUAACGGUGUAGUCACGAGGAGAUGGAUAAGCAAACGGAAGGUACCGGACAGAUAAUGCAGCGGGCAUCAUUCUAUCGUAUAUAUUGGGCGGGUGCGCCCUAGCGCUUGCUUUUCUACAAAUGUACUACUUACUACUGCUACUACUU